CUAUAUUAUUAUCAUUAUUAUCAUAUCAGACAUAUUCUUUGUAAUAAUGGACAGCAAAUGGAACAAUUUGACGAGUCCUUCAGCUGCACAUCCUGAAACAAUGGAUGUGCUUUCAAAAGCAUGGUGUAACUUUGCAGUUCAAACAUUAAACCCUCAGGUUCAACCACUUGGAAAAUCUUUGCUUCUCAUUGACACACCCAUCACUACUGCUCCUUCAGAUCCCUUUCCGAUUAUUCAGAAAGUGGAGAAAAGUCUAAAGAUGGAAGGCGAAGAUCAUGUUAAGUCUAUACCACCUUGGAAAUCCAAUGAUAUGAAGUCGUUUAUAUGGAUGCAACAAGCAAUGCAUCCGGAGUUGAACUACAGCAGUUAUUUUCGAAAGAAAUGGUUUCAGUGGAAAAUGGUGCCAUUAAAGAACUUGUCAAUAAAGAAAUGGUUAAAGGAGAUAAGAAAGAGCCGAAAAGACGAAAAUAGGCUUGAGAGAGCUGAAAUUCAUGCAGCUAUAUCAGUGGCUGGUGUAGCAGCUGCACUUGCAGCCAUUGCAGCCGAUACUUCGACAUCCAAACAUGACAACUCAAUUACCUGUGCUAAGGACGCGGCUGUGGCUUCAGCAGCUGCUUUAGUAGCUGCUCAAUGCGCCCAAAUGGCUCAAGCAAUGGGCGCCAAAAGAGAACAACUUAGCAGUGUAAUUGGAUCGGCCAUGAGCAGUACCACUGCCAGCGAUAUCCUCACCCUCACAGCUGCUGCCACAACUUCGUUGAAAGGAGCGGCUACGCUUAAAGCAAGAUCAGAAUACAAAAACAAAUCAAGUGGAGGAUUUGCUUCAGUGCUACCUAUAGAAGACAACCACGAGACUGAGAUUGGUUUCAAUCUUGACAAAUCAAGAUUGACUCUUGCUAAAGGUGUUCUUCUCAAAGUUGAGGCACCAAAUGGAAAGUAUAAAAAAAGAUUCAUCUCUAUCGUCCAACACAAUGAUAUGAAUGUAAUCCUAAAGAUUAGGAAGCUUAAUAUGUUGAAGACCAAACAAGAAAGUGUCGUGUUAGAUAUGUAUAUCGAGUUAUAUAGGGAUGAAGAUGAAAAUGAAAACGCCAAUGACGUCAAUGAUGAUGACGAGGAGAUUCAUACAUGUUAUCUCGUUGUUUUAAUGACAAAUAAAGGAACAUUCAAGUUAGACAUGGCGAAUGAUUAUAGAAAAUACAAGAUAUGGGCAACGGCUAUCAAUCAAAUGCUUACACUUUCUUCUCAUUCUUUUACAAGAAUAUGAACUUUUUGUGUUUGAUUUUAUGGUGUGUACUUUAUGCACUUUGCUAUAUUUUCAAAAUUCAAUAUUUGUAAUUUAAUUAUAUUGUGUAAAUUAGUAUAUAUUUUUCACCUUUUCUUUAUGAGA